ACACCGGGCUGGGAACAAGAUUUGGUGCGAGAGAUUAGAUGUAUAAGAAGGAAUACACAUUUACGAGAUUUGCGAAAUUUCGCGAAUUUCGCCAAACACGGUAUCACCAUUUUUGUAUUUGUGCUUUGAAAAACAUCAUGUUCGUUUGCAUGCAUUAAUGUUGCAUGUUGCUCUUCCGUUAGACCGCGUGUUUCAGUGUUUUACUAAUGCAUUUCAUGAGGACACGUGCGUUAACAGUAUUUUUUAAAUUCAGUGCGAAUGUAAAACAAAUCGGUGUGACAGACAAGGGAAUGAUGCGAUUAAGAAGAAUAUUAUCCAAAAUUAUAGUAAUUGCACGUGUACCUGGCACAUGGAUGCUGGUUAUUAGUGUAUGUAUGAUAGGUGCACAAUGUAUGCCGUUGAACCAUCUCGGGCAACCACAGUUCGAAAAUGAUACGCUUUGGUUAAAUCCAUGCAACGUUCAUAGUUACAAUGAGUCUACGACAAAUAAAAGUAAACACAUAACGCUAGCCCAAAGACUAGACAAUCUCGACCGGAUAAAAAGCUCCAUCAUUCGCACAAUGCAAGAAAUUGACCAAAUAACCAGCCAUUCUGGUAAAGACACGGAUUGGAACACAUCGCAAAACAGAAAAAAAUACAUGUUCUUGCAACCAUAUAAAAAGAAUCAAUCAACAUGGGAACCCCGCGUGCAAGUUUAUUUGGCAUCCAUACAAAUAAUCCAUCUAAAACAAGUUGAGCUCGAACGAUCCAAAAACUUGUAUAAGCAACAAUCACUGAAACUGCAAGAGCUGCGUCAAAAUGCCAAAGGAUUAUUAUGUGAAAUUCAAGAGUACAGAAAUCAUUCCAAAACCGGAAAUGAAAAGCACAAAGACACAAGAAUCUCAGCAAAAGAGAUGAACUCAAUCAUUAAUUUCGACAUGACGGAAGAAGCAAACAUGGAACUGCACAAAUGGUUUCUAAAGUGUCGCUUUCGAUGCUUUCUGGAAGAUAUGGAACAUCAUGUAAACAAUCUCCUGGUUAAGUUCAGCAAAGCAAAACAAACGAGAAAAAUUCGCACAACGAAAACAUCGAAAAAGAAACUGAAGAGCAGACAUAGAGAAAGGAAUGAAAACCUCCCUAAAAGCAAAUGUUGUAUAGUGAACAAUAAAGUAAAAAAUACAGCCACGCCCAGGCCACCGAUGGUUGGUACACACAAAGUCAAUAACAAUAAAAAGAAACUCAUUACUGGCCAACAGUCAAAAUUAAUUAAACCAAACCAAAAGAAAAUUCAACGCAAAAAUAAUAAAAAGUCAGUGAUUCUGAACAAAGGUUCGUUCGUAAUGCAACCCGCGCACAGUCAAUUGAAACAGUAAAUGUUUACAAAAAUCGUGUAAAUUAGCCAUCCUCAUUACAAAAGGGAUUUUUUUUAUGAUUUUGCGAAGAAGAUGUAAAACUGCCUUAAGCUCAAUGCAAGUGAUGAGACUGUAACGAAUCAAUUCUAUAAGACUGUUCGCAAUGCUAAGACAUUUAAAAUGACAAAAAAUCCAAAGCAAGCACAUAAACAACUGUUCUGAAUAAAAUGUUGCCUUUGUACCGAAAUUAUUUUUUCGUAGAUCGAAGAUGUCAUUAGAAGAUUUUAUCAUAAACAAAAUUGACUCUUCAAUUUGUUUACAAAUUUUAUUUAUCCAAAUUAAAUUGCCGAGCAACACUAAAUAUCUUCCCAACUAGAACUCCAAGCUAGAAGCUUUGAUUUUGCUUCAGAUGGCCAUCACAGCACAUUAAAUCAAAAAUUAAACAGCAUUGCGAAGAGCCCAAUCAAUAAGUAAUAGAUUAUUAAUAGAAGCGUCAUG